AUGCCUCCAAGAAAGGUCAAAUCUGACCCUGCAGUUGAGGGCCAAGACUCUCCUGGCCUUUCAGCAAUCCAGCCUUGGUCUGGCAACACCGCCGACACUGUUGCCUCUGACAACAACACCGAUACUAAUGUCGGAGCCCCAACCGUCUCGCCGAGUCACCCCCUCCCGGUGAUUCACGAGACCGGCGGUUCGUAUAUCAAUUCCCAAUUUCCCAGCCUGGAGGAAGCUGGCCACGGACUCGACCCUAACCAGUUGUUCUGCACCGACAACACGGGCAUUCCCAAUAUCCCGAGCGCUCCUUCGAAUCCAAGCCUCUUUAUCCCGUUGUCUCUGACGGGAAAUAUCCCCAUGAACACUAUGCCUCGCAACAGCAUGCCUUCUGGCAACGCCAGUAACCAAGGUGGCACUGGUAAUGGUACGGGUAACAAAUUCAACCGCCAGAGUCGUCAGGCUACUCGUGGGGUUAACCCGAACACGUCACGCGCAGCUCCCAGUCCAGCAGCCAACCCUGGCCAGAACCAGCGCCCAGGCUUUCAAGUCGACUUGACAAGGUUGGACGAUACCGCGAGCAGUUCCGAUAUGACAGGACUCUUUGACAGCACUCUGAACUCCUCUCUGGAUCCCAGUCUAUUCAUGAUGGGUGGCUAUAAUACUUCUCUUGGCGUCAGUGGAGGCAUGCAGCAGAACGCGCAGCAGCGCCUCGGAUACAACACGAUGAGCCCCGUGCCUAAAUUCGACCCAGAUCACUCUGCCUUCCCUCCAUUCCCGACCAAGUACGAGAGCUUCAUGCAAGAGGAAGAGGAGACCAAGCCCGAUCUCCGCUCCAUCGCCACGGAGGACACUCCAAGAACUCCAGUCCGGAAGCGCCCACGUACGUCCGUAGGCUCCACGGGCACCGCACCGGCCGCGAUCACCAGCAGCCCGGCAGUAAACACCAGCAGCCCGGCAGCCAGCUCCCUGGCGGGUGGAGGAGACCAGCAGGCGCCGGCGGCGAGUCACACGGCGCACGUGCCGCCGAACCGGAUCCUGGAGGCCGGCCCGCUGAGGCACCCGGACCCGGAGUGGCGGCCGUACGGGGUGAACCACUGGCACGUGUUCCUGACGGAGCCCACGACGCUCAAGUACCUGUCGAGCACCGAGAUCAAGGACAUCCGCGAGCACUGCUACGAGCUGGCCAAGGCGGCCGGCGUGGGGGAUGCCCCGCAGCCCAUCACCAACACGGCCUACACCACUGCCGACGCCCAGGCCGUCUGGCGGCACUGCGACGCCUAUGUCCGCCGCCGCGGCCAGGUGCGCAACAACCAGGCCGCGCGCCGCUCUCGUGCCCGCAAGGACGCCGAGACGCGCUACUGGAAGGCGAAGGCCCUCGAGUACGGCGCUCCUGACCACGAAUUCAUCUGGGACGGAGAUGAGGGCUCGCCCGGUAGCCCGAGUGCCCCCGCUGCGGCGACUGUUCCCCAGCCUCAGGCGCAGGGUCGAGUCCAGGGUCAGGGUCAGGGUGGUCAAGGUGGAUCAAGGUCUCAGGGACAGGCACAGAGUGGUCAGGGCCAGCCACAGACUGGUCGAAGUGGAGGACGCCAGGGACAAGAUGCGGCGCGAGGUGGAGAAUCUGCUGCCACGGCUGCUCAGCCUGAGUUCGACUUCAACCAGCCCAUGGGCUUCGGCAGAGACUCCAAGACCCACGGUACAGGCCACGACGCUUUCAUGGGUGGAUUCUGA